UCUCCCCUGCCGGCCUCGGUGUUCAAGACCGUCAAACGCAGCUUUCAGAUGGAUGGGCGCUAUGUUGGACCGUCCGAGGAGGCGAAUGACCACUGGGAGGCUCUGAUCGCGGCUCACGACGUUCUCUAUAUGACCGAGCAAGAGCAACGGGACUACAAUCUGCCGCCGGGAAUGCCGUCGCCCUACUACCACCCUAAUCGACCGAGUCCACCCCCACAAGAUUUCUACGUCUUGUCCAUCAUGCACCAGAUGCAUUGCUUGAAUCAUAUUCGCGCCCACUAUUGGCAGAUCAAGACCGGCGGCCCCAGCACGCCCCAAUACACCGAAAAGAAAUGGAACGUGCAUGUCAACCAUUGCUUUGAGUACCUACGCCAGAGUGUCCUCUGUGGCAAUGCUAUUUUUGAGAUCGAAGGAUAUACACCGCUGUUUGUUCCAGACGAGGGCGUGGCAACGACAGUGUCUGGCUGGGGGGUGGAGCAUGAGUGUGUCGACUAUGAUGCUAUUAGUCGUUUUCAGAUCGAUCGCGAGCGCCAGUACAAUCGCACUUGG